AUGUCUUUGAGAGCUUUCAAGGAGAGCCUUAGGCCCUGUAGUGGGAGCCAAUCUUCAAUUUCUUCCUCAACCCAAUAUUUUUCAUCACUUUCCCAGAAUUAUGACUCCUCUGUUAACCCUAGAAAACCCCCCAAAUCUUCACUCUCUCAACAGCUUUUGCGCCUGCAAGACCAUCACGUUUCUCUGACUCAAACUCAGCCCAAAUCUACAAAAAGAGAGACCCUUUUGGGUUCUGAAGGUAAUUAUGGGGAUGAUGGUGAAGAAGAUGAGGCGAAGAAAGAUACAAUUUUUCGACCAAAGUCGGAAUCUUUACAGUUAGAUCACACAGGACCUUAUGAACCGUUACUCCUGUCUUUGCCAGGGGAAGUUCCUGCUGUUCAGGUCCCACCAUCUAUAAAUUGUAGACUCCUGCACCAUCAGAGGGCUGGAGUUAAGUUUUUGUUUGAGUUGUACAAGAACAACCAUGGAGGCAUUCUGGGAGAUGACAUGGGAUUGGGCAAGACAAUUCAAACAAUUGCAUUUUUGGCUGCUGUAUUUGGAAAGGAUGGAGAGAGUAGUGACCUAAGAUCAAGGAACCACAAUCAGCCUCAGAAGCCUGUUCUAAUAGUUUGUCCCACUUCUGUUAUUCACAAUUGGGAGGAUGAAUUUUCGAAGUGGUCAACAUUUUCUGUAGCUAUUUAUCAUGGGGCUAAUCGCGAUCUGAUGAUUGACAAAAUAGAAGCACAUGAAGUGGAGAUACUUAUAACUAGUUUUGACACCUACAGAAUUCAUGGUGGUACUCUGUUGAAGGUCGAAUGGGAGAUUAUGAUUGUUGAUGAGGCUCACAGGCUCAAGAAUGAGAAGUCCAAACUUUAUAAGGCAUGCUUAGAGAUAAAAACGCAGAAACGUUAUGGUCUGACAGGUACGAUAAUGCAGAAUAAAAUAAUGGAAUUGUUUAAUCUCUUUGACUGGGUAGUACCUGGUUGCUUGGGAACUCGUGAACAUUUCCGGGACUAUUAUGAUGAACCUCUCAAACAUGGCCAAAGGUCAAGUGCUCCUGAAACGUUCACUAAAGUCGCUGAAGAGAGAAAACAGCACUUAGUCACUGUAUUACGUAAAUAUUUACUGAGAAGGACAAAGGAGGAGACUAUUGGCCAUCUUAUGCGGGGUAAGGAAGAUAAUGUUGUGUUCUGUGCCAUGAGUGAGUUGCAGAAACGGGCGUAUCAAAGGAUGUUGCAGUUACCAGACAUUCAAUGCCUUAUAAAUAAGGACCUUCCUUGUAGCUGUGGUAGUCCUCUCAAGCAAGUAGAAUGUUGCAAAAGAAUAGUUCCAGAUGGAGCCAUUUGGCCCUACCUUCACAGAGAUAAUCCAGAUGGUUGUGAUUCUUGCCCUUUUUGCCUUGUUCUUCCUUGUCUUGUGAAGCUGCAGCAGGUGAGUAAUCAUCUGGAGCUCAUCAAACCAAAUCCAAAGGAUGAUCCUGAUAAACAAAGAAAAGAUGCAGAAUUCGCUAGUGCUGUGUUUGGUACUGAUAUUGAUUUGGUUGGAGGAAUUACCCAGAAUGAGAGUUUUAUGGGCUUGAGUGAUGUGAAACAUUGUGGUAAGAUGAGGGCUUUGGAAAAACUGAUGUUGUCCUGGCUUUCGGAAGGGGACAAGGUUCUUCUUUUUAGUUACUCUGUCAGGAUGUUAGACAUACUAGAGAAGUUCCUUAUUCGCAAAGGUUGUUGCUUCUCAAGGCUUGAUGGCUCUACUCCAACUGGGUUACGUCAGUCCCUCGUAGAUGACUUCAACACAAGUCCAAGCAAACAGGUCUUUCUAAUAUCAACAAGGGCUGGUGGGCUUGGGCUCAAUCUUGUUAGUGCAAAUCAUGUUGUCAUCUUUGACCCAAGCUGGAACCCUGCUCAGGAUUUACAAGCCCAGGAUAGGUCAUUUCGAUUUGGCCAGAAGAGGCAUGUAGUUGUUUUCCGUCUCCUUGCAGCAGGUUCUUUAGAGGAACUUGUUUAUACCAGGCAGGUUUACAAGCAACAGUUGGCAAAUAUUGCUGUUUCUGGGAAAAUGGAGAAACGAUAUUUUGAAGGUGUCCAGGACUGCAAAAAAUUUCAAGGAGAACUGUUUGGGAUCUGCAAUCUGUUCCGCGACCUAUCUGAUAAGCUUUUCACUAGUGAAAUUAUUGAAUUGCAUGAAAAGCAAGAAAUGGAACAUGCGAAUUCUGCAAAUGCAAGCGCAGAUAUAACUGGUAUUGGGAUGUCCUUUCUUCCGUAUAAAGAAGCAUUUCAAGUAUCAACUGAAUCAGAGGACGACAAUUCAUCAGAAGACGAUGGUAAAAAAAAAGCCAAACCAGUACUUGAAGAUGCGGGUAUUGUAUACAACCACCGAAAUGAAGACAUCGUUAACUCAAGACCUGGGAUAAAAGGAGAUAGAGAGUCGAGCAUGCAUAUUGAAGACAAUGUACAAGUGUCAUUUGUCCCUGGUAUCAGGAGGAAAUCGGAUGGUCAGGCAAACAAUAUACAAAGUGCUGCUUCAUCCAAGUUGAGAAAGAAGAGGCAAUAUAGCGCCCUAGCUUUGUUUAUGGGCAUGGGAGAUGUACAGCUAAGCAAGUGGUUACUUUCAGCAACUCCAGAACAACGGGAAAAAUUACUUCAGAACUAUAAGAAUAAAAAAGCAAAGCUACCGGGCACUUGA